AUGCCGGGCUCCCCUAACAAGAGGCUCCAUCACUGCCCUGGAUGCAGCAAAACAAUAAAUCUCACAGUUUGUGAGAGGAAGGGCCAUGUCGUCAGAUGCCCAUUUCACCCUACAAAAUACCUCAAACCAGGCACCGAAUGCCCGAAAUGCAAAGUCAUCCGCGAAACCGCCGAAAGGAAGGAGAGGCAGCAAAGGAUCGACGAGGCAAAUGGAGUAACAGUGGAGGUCAAGAAGGCAAAACUAGCGGCCAGGAAGUACGGAAAAUGGUAG